AUGUCCUAUGGAUGGGCCUCUAUGAUGAUGAUAUUUUCUUUUUUACUUGUUUUCUGGGUCUCCCCUAUAAUAUGGUGA